AUUUAGAUACUAGAUACUUCAACAACUUUUUAUUAACAUAAACUAGACGAUUUCGUUGACAUAUCUCUGUCCGCUGUCCUUCAAAGAAACUGAGGAGGAGCAUUUCCAAGCUUUCUAUAAAGACGUCCCAGCGAACAUUAGAGCUAAAAACCUUAAGAUAUUACUUAAGGACCCCUUUAAUAGGAUAAUGCAAAUGAGAAAUUAGCAGUCACUUUAUUAUUAUUAACACCUUCACAUAUGUAUGUACGUACGAUAUAGGGUGUGUGGGUCUGUAAUUAAGUUUAAGUACACGGAAUACGUUGCUGGUGCGUGCGAAUCGAGGUCCCUGGAGUACUCCGAGGACUACGGAACAUUCCCACUGGAGACGAAGAACGCACCCAGUUUUUGCAGCUGUAAAAGCUAUAAAAGGACACGCCGUAUGGCUGGCGCAGCUUAGUUGGCGAUACGCUUACGGACACAGUGCAACAUGUCCGAGAUCAAGGAGGAGGCGGCGGAGGAGAAACCGUGCAACAUAUUGCCCGGACCAGAGCUCCUGGGCCUGCCAAGCUACGAUCAGAGGGCCAGCAUUGCCUCCGCGGCCCUGAGUGAUGUGCCCAGUGAUGUGAUCAUCAAGUCUCGCAUUCGAUACGGCAGUCCUCUGUCCGCCUGCAAGGGUCUGCUGCUGGAGUACUCCAAGAGCACGACCAUACACGGCAUACGAUAUCUGUUUGAAGUCCAUCGCCCCAUCUAUGAGAAAGUUUAUUGGCUGUUCUUCACAUGCAUUUCCGUGUACUUUGCCAUUUCCCUCAUCUGGGAUACCUAUCUCAAGUGGCAGGAUUCACCGGUGAUACUUGGCUUUGAUGAGACCCUGGUGCCAGUGCAUAAGAUACCAUUUCCUACGAUAACCAUCUGUCCGGAAAUCAAAAUGGAACGCAAUCUCUUCGAUUAUACGAAUGUAUCGCGUUUGCUAUGGGAUGAAUACCAGAAGAAUGGUAAUGCAACCAGCAUGGAUGAGGAAGAAUUGGCCCGCAUGGCUGCUGCCAUGCACAUCUGUGAUCCGGAUGUGGUUCAUCGUUUCAUGCCCAUACUCGCGGAAAUGAAUCCGCCCUUUGUGGACGUAACCCAAACAUUGAUAGACCUGAGUAUAUCCAAAAAUGAGACUGGUCCGUUCUGCAAAUGGAAUGGACGGUUCUAUUUUUGUGAUAAAAUCUUCGAUUUUGUUGCCACCGAUGAGGGUAUAUGCUAUCAAUUCAAUGGCCUUCGUCCCAAGGAUAUUUAUCGUGACGAGAACUUCAUCAGCUAUAAGGAUCCCGAUGUUGUCGAUUUCAAUAACUUCUUCGAUGUUGAUCUGCCGCCCUUGAAUAACAUCACUGGCAAUUGGUCGCUGGAUACGGGUUACGGGAAUCAGGGACAGAAUACCUAUCCACAGCGCACGGUCUUCUCAUCCGUGGGCAAUGGUUUCUUUGCCUUUCUGCAGGGACUGCAGCACAACUUUGACUACGAUUGCCGCAGCUUUAAACAGGGCUAUAAGGUCUUUCUCAACUCCCCGGAGAGUGUGCCGCUCACGUCAGGCAAUUACAUUCUGGUGCCCCAUGGCGAUGAGGUGUUGGUCAGUGUAUUGCCCAACUAUGUCAUGUCUACCGACAAUUUGCACGAAAUCAGCCCAGAAAAGCGUCAGUGCCUGUUCGAUGAUGAGCGCUCCUUGACCUUUUUCCGUUCGUAUUCGCAAAGCAAUUGCCAAACCGAAUGCCUGGCCAACUUUACGAUUUCCAAGUGUGGCUGUGCCAAGUUCUGGAUGCCCAAACCUUUGGGCACUCCUGUGUGUGGUUUGGAUGACAUUAACUGCUAUACGUCUGCCCAGGAUGAGCUCUAUACUUUAUUGCAAAAUCAAACCAUGGAAAAGAGUGUCAAUGACAAUGUGGAAAUCAUGUGCAACUGCAUGCCGGCCUGCACAUCGCUGGAGUAUAAUUUUGAGAUAUCCAGAGCACGAUUCGAUGUGGCUAAGACUAUUAGGGCUUUUCGGGAGGUCUAUGAGCAUACGGAUGCCAUUGGUUCACGUCUCUCUGUGUACUUCAAGGAGCAUCAGUUCACGGCCAUCAAGCGUACCAUUCUGUUCGGUGUCUCCACAUUGAUAUCCAACUGCGGUGGCAUCUGUGGCCUCUUCAUGGGCAUCUCGAGUCUCAGCUUCCUGGAGCUUCUCUAUUUCUUCUGCAUGCGCAUCUGUGGCAGCUGCCGCGAUCGUCGCAAGCACAAGAUCCAAUCCAUGUGCCCCGAGGAUGAGCCAGAGCAGAAACUGGAGUAAAGUCAGUGGAUCUACAAGAUCCUGGCAUACAUUAAUGCCAUUUGAAUAUUUUAAUUUUAUCUACAAACCAUUUAAUAAAGAAGUUGUACGGCAAACAGUUAUUUCACACUGUCAAUAACACUUUCCGGGUGUCCACAAAAUAAAUGUAUUUAUUUAACAGACACAAGCGACUGGUGGUGCACUUUAAUUGAUUACAAAUUAAAAAUGCAUUUGAUUAGCACAUGGCCAACGCAAUUGAUUCGCUCUAAUUAAACGAUUGUAACAC